AUGGAGCCCUUUGAAAGGGCCCUGCAGAAUGCCCUCCCUGUGCCAGGAAGCGGCGGCGCUCUGCCCUUCCUUCUCCCAGGUGCCUUCAGGCCCUGCAACGGCAUUCCCCUUCUGCUUCUUUCUGCAGCGCUCGAGCCGGUGGCAGCUGUGGAAAUGUUCACCCCUGGCACCCUGGAAGUGUUGAACGGGACCGACGUGCGCUUGAAGUGCACCUUCCGCAGUCCAGUGCCGGUGGGGCCGAAGCUGACGGUUUCCUGGUACUUCCAGUCCGAGCUGAAGGAGCCCCUGGAGUCGGUGCUCUACUACAAUCACUGGGCUUACCCCUCCAAAUCAGGCCGCUUCCUAGGCAGACUCACCUGGGAUGGCAAUGUACACAAAAACGAUGCUUCAGUUAUGCUCCACAAUGUGAGCCCCAAGGACAACGGGACUUUCCAGUGCCAUGUGAAGAACCCACCUGAUGUGGAUGGUGUCAUUGGCGAGAUCCAGCUGAGUGUUGUGCUGAAAAUGAGCUUCUCAGAGGUGCAUAUUUUGGUCCUCACCAUUGGCAUUUCCUGUGCUGCAAUGUUCAUCCUUGUGGUGGUUGUGGUGAUCUGGCGUCAUUGGCGGAGGAUGCAGCAAGACAAGACAAGGGAGGUGGGGAGGUCAGAGCAACUGAAGCUGAAGGAAGGCAGAGAGGAAAAGUAGACCCCUCUGUGGGGACGGGGGAUCCAUCGGUCUUGAUCCACCCAUGGAUGCUGUGCCCUGCUGGAGCUGAGAUGGCAAAGGCUCCUGGCCUUGAAGGAGACCUCCUGCACCUAGAGGGCCUGCAGGAGCCAAAACUUCACCUACUGCCCUCAUGACACCAAAGGACCUGCAGGAGCCAAAACUUCACCUACUGCCCUCAUGACACCAAAGGUCUGCCUAACCAGCCUUCUCUAUAUGCCUGAAGCAGCAGCCCUCCCCUGCCCACCUUGAGUACAGAUUGCCUUUGACUCAGUGACUGAAGACCUCAGGGCCACUGGCCACCUAGUUGGUGUCAGCAGAAAACGGUCUGGUCAAGACAGACUAGCCAGGCCAAGCUUGAGGGGAGGGCAAUGGGGAACCACUUUGCCCACUGUUCUGCUUUCUUUCCUGGGCCAAAGGCCAGGCAAAUGGCUAAGGGGGAGCCCCCAACUACUUAGAAAAGGGCCUCUUCUUCAAGUAGGACCAAGCCCGUUUCUAUGGCUUGCCCCAGCCUGGAGUAGCCUGAUUCUAUGCAGGCAGAGGAUCUCUGAAAAGGAGUGAGGAACCAGCCAGAGUGGGGCUGUUCCUGCUGGAUGCAAUUCUGUCUCCUUUGCAACCCCCCAGCCCAGGCUGGCAGCACAAAUCUCUUCCUUAAAACCAGAGUUUGCUUUCUCCUUCAGAAGGAUUUAAGAGCUGUGGACAAUAAAAUAAAAUAAAAUAAAAAUCUCUGACCACUGAUCCUCUUUUAUGCAACAGCACUACAGCAGCCCUACCAACAACUACCUCUAAAACUCAUCAGCUUCAGAUAUUAGAGGAUUGUCCGCUGGGUUUCUUCUGGGCCACCUUUCAUAUCCUUAGGUGACACUCUUUCAUACACUAAUUUAUUUAAAGAGUCUUGUUAAAUUUUGUAUGCAAAUGGAAUAUUUUAUAAUAA